CCAAGUCCCAAAGAUCUGGCAACCCCGCCUUCAAUUAAGCGACCGGAACGACAACACACGUCACCAGAUCAGUGGCUACAGGGUUCAUUUGCGAUUUAUUUGCUGCAAUCAACAUUAGUUUCGCCGGUAAUAUGUCAGGAAAUGGAUUUAUCUACAGCAUUAGAAGUUUCAUAGAUGCUGAUACGAACACCGGCAUCAUGACUCCAUUUGAGCGUCUCAGAAAUCAGAUGAAUGACAUUCUGGGAGAUGGAGGGAUGCUUAAAGAGGUCGUCCAGUGUGGAGAGGGUCCCCCUGUACCUCAAAAUGCUUCUGUUUUCAUUUACUACUCUGGAUUUCUGGAAUAUUCAGACCACCCCUUUGAAACAAACACUAACCUUAGACACCCACCAAUGUUGAAAUUAGGAAGAGACGUGACCAUGGCAGGUCUGGAGCUUGGUCUGCGGACCAUGAAAAAAGGAGAGUUCUCUCGCUUCCUUUUCGAGCCUGAGUAUGCAUAUGGUGACAUAGGCUGUCCUCCCUUUAUUCCUGCAUCUGCCACAAUCCUGUAUGAGGUCCAGCUCCUGGAUUUUCUUGACUCUGGACAAGUGGACGAAUUUCUCUCGAUGAGUGCAGAGGAACAGAACUCUUUUCCUUUGCCCAGAUUCCUUGAUGUCGUCAGCACCUUACGCAGCUUUGGCAAUCGCUGCUUCAAACAGAGCCGUUAUCACAGUGCUAAAGAUCGCUAUAAACAGGCCAUGAUACUGUUGGAGAGCAGGGAAAUUGAGACUGACAUAGAGAAUGAGAACAUCAACACUGCGCUGCUACCUCUCUAUCUAAACCUUUCUCUCACUGAGCUGCGUCUGGACAGCCCACAGAAAGCACUUAAGUAUGGCAACAAGGCCUUAAAGAUUGACCCCACCAACACAAAAGCUCUUUUCCGCUGUGGACAGGCCUACCUGGAGCUCAAGGAGUACGACAGUGCCCAGGGCUGCCUCAUAUCUGCUCAAGCAAAGAAGCCCUUUGACAGCGAUAUCAACAACCUCCUUAGGAAGGUGACACUAUGCUAUAAGGACAACCUGGACAAAGAGAGAGACAUGUGCUUCAAGAUGUGUAAAGAUCUGAGGGAUCAGUUCAAGAUGUAAAGAAUGAAAAAGAAAAGGUGAUGGACAAACAUGACCUUAUAUUUGCAGUUGGAUGUUCUAAUGAGUACUAAUGUUUUCUACAUUACAUCACGUUUUUGACACAUGUUCAUUUUCACAUUUGAAGAACACACUCAGUUUUCUUGUGUGGGGUUUCUACGUGUUUUCUUAGAAAAUAAACACUGUUGGUGCCAAAAAAAAAAAAGAAUAAAAAUUUAAAAAACAAAAAUGUGCCCACCUGACAUUACUAGUUCUUAUUUUUCAUUUACAUCUCACAACUAGUCUUUAAUAUGAACUGUGCAUUCACCAUGUUUGCUAACAUUAAUUAAUUAAGGUAAUUAAUCGAGGUAGUAAUUAGCAUGCAGUAUUAGUAAACGGACAUAAAUAAAGAUUUUUACCAAGGUAAAAGGUCAACAAU